AAAGUAUUGGGAACAAUUAGCAUUUAGAAACAUAAGAGGCGUCUUUUUAUAAUUUUCUCAGUUCCCGUAAGACGAUCCAACUGCUACAGGCCGGCGAUUAGCAAAGGCGGUGGUUCGAUAGAGAGAGGAAGAGAUUGAAGCGAUUUUCACUCAGUUUUCAUCAGAUCGUCUCGGUGAUUCUAGGGUUCAUUGGUCUCGUUUUGUUCGGUGACUGCUUGAGUUUCACGUUUUUGGUUUCGAUUUCUUAUGGGAGAUUCCUCGGUUUCGACAAGUUCAUGGGCUGUCAUUGAAUCUGCUAAUAGGUUUCAGGUAUAACUCAUUUCUGGAUGCAUCUCUUCUAUUUUGUGCUGCAUUUAACCUAUUAACAUUUUGUUUACUGUUCAGUGGUAGGAAACUUUUGGGUCUGUUUCUAGUUGUGAAUUGAAUAGACUACAAGAAGUAAGCAGAACUGAAUGUGCAUUCCUUUUGUUUUUAUUGACAAUUGUGAGUUAACAUGUUCAGGUGUCGAGCGUUAUGGGUGAGUCCUCUGGAUCAAGCAGUUCAUUGGCUGCUAUAAAUUCGUCCAACAUUGGGUUUCAGCUCCUAAAGAAGCAUGGCUGGAAGGAAGGCACUGGUCUUGGAAUCGCUGAACAGGGUAUAUUGGUGCCUCUACAAGCAGAGCCAAAACAUAACAAACGAGGAGUGGGAGCUAAACAACCAGCUAAGAGAAAAGUGGCUCAGCCUCAGGCUAAGGAUGAAGAAGUCUCAAAGCAGAGUAAGAAACUUUCGAAGAAAAUGCGGAAGAUGAUGGAGCACGAAAAACAUUUACAGGAAAAAGAAUUUGAACGAGCCUUCUUUAGGGAGUUCUGGCCCGAUAAUGUAUAACUAGGUUUUAUUCUUUUACUUCUUAUUGACCUGAAUGUUCCAAAAGCUUCUGUAUUUACUGCAAAUUUAGAAUAACUCUGUUCUAUUGCCUUAUCAAUGAAGAAAAAUAGUUAUAGAAUCAUG